AUGCGCUUGGCGGAGAGCGCGAACCCCAUGCCUCUGCAAUUCUGUGUUUCAUGCGCACGACGCGCGCCACCCCCCUGGAGCCUUCGACCCAAUCCUGGCGCCAUCGUUGACGGCCCUGGAUCCCCCAAACGGCCACUGGACGCCAAAGCGGUGUGCGCCCGUCGUGGUCGGUUCGUGACGCCUGGAGGUCUCGGGGAAGAGAGUGUGAGGGGCCGCUGGUGUUCAAUCCGAUCCCCCCACCGUCCUGGCAAGAUUGCGGCGGCGCCCGGCGAGCACAAGCGGAUCGUGGAGCGGCUCCUGGCCGGCAUCUCUUCCAGCCCGGCAGAGGCCUGCGAGCGCUGGGACGUAGCGCAGGCGCUCGCCGAACGCUCGGCUGCGCGCUGGGCCGCUGAGAUGGCCGAUCGGCGCGAGGCCGAGUGUCGCGCAGCAGCAGCGGGCGCCCUGCAACGCUGCGCGCGCGGCCGGCUGGGCCGGCGCGAGGCCGCGGCAGUGCGGUCGGCCCGCGAUGCGGCGGAUGCUGGACGCGCUGGGACGAAUGAGGGGCACCUGCUGGCCGCGGAGGCCUUGCCUGUAAAAACGGGGAAGAGUUGCAAGGAUCAGGUGAGGGAGGAGGACACGACGGCAGUCGACGCCCUGCUUGACGACGCGAUGCGCCUGGCCGCGCGCGAGGUGUGCGUUGCGGUCGUCCCGUUCGUCGCUGCUGGCACGGCGGAGUUCGGCACGGAGGAUGCUUUGAAGUCUGCGCUUUGCAGGCUCGAGGCGGCGGCCCACGUGGCGAUGGGCGGUCUGGACAGCCCCAUGAAGGUUGCCUCGGCCUGUGUGGGCGAUUGGGUGGUGCGGUUCCUGACGGGCGAUUGGGUGACGGUCGCCUGGCGGGUCGAGGACAGGCUCGGCGGCAAGGACGCCGGCUGA